AUGAGCGACGGAGGUGCAAAACGACAAGGCGGAAGACCAUUACCGCCGCCGCCAAGAGGUCCUCCUCCGCCAUCCUCUCGCCCUCGCCUCGAGCCCGUCGAUCGCGAAAAGACUUGCCCCUUGCUCUUGCGUGUUUUCACUAAGAUUGGAAGUCAUCAUACAAUGGAUGAUUUUUCGGUUAGAGGGAAAGAACCUAAAGAUGAAGUUCAGAUUUAUACUUGGAAAGAUGCUACACUCCGAGAAUUAACCGAUCUUGUCAAAGAAGUGGCUCCUGCUGCAAGAAGAAGAAAUGCAAAGCUCUCUUUUUCUUUCGUGUUUCCUGAUAAAAAUGGUCGUUUCAAAGUUCAAGAGGUGGGUAAGACAUUAUCUUUUGGAAAUGGAAGAUUAGAUGAUAACAAGGCUUUAGCAGAGCUUGGUUUUGAGAUUGGUGAUUACUUGGAUGUUGCUAUUCUAUAG